AUAGUUCUGAGAUAAUGAAGAAAGACCAUCGCAAUAACUUAUACGAAAAGAUUAGAGAAGCUCAUGAGAGAAAGAAGAAGGUAGAAGGAAACAACUUCUUAGCACCAACCAAGACUGCCCUAUUCGGGCUUGAAGUAAGGUUCCGCUACGUUGAAAGACAAAUGAAGGCGGAAAAAUAGAAAAAUGCGAUCCAAAGGCACUGGCUCGCAUAAGAGAAAACCAGGAGAAAAAGGAACCUUGAACAGACAUGCACUGCCUGAGUAUAUGAGGUCAAAAUCUGGACGAUUCAAUGACAACUUUCAUCAAAGAGGAAGAUAUAAGUCAAGUAAUAAAUCUCAGAAUAAGACACAAAUAAUUCAAAAUUCAGAUCCGAUGUCUUCCUCAGAAAAUGAUGAAGAUGAAGACUUCGAUUCUCAGAAUAUGGAGAAUAACUUAUUCAAGAACAUCUCCAAUCCAGUUAGGCCUCAGCAUGAGCUAUUAAUGAAACCUCCUGUGGGGAGUAUCUUACACAAGAAGCAGAAUUCAGGCUUUGAAGUGUAUAAUUCUUCUGAAAAUACAUCUCCAUAUAAAGAGAACUUACCUCAAAGCCCACCUGCAUCAUCUAUGAACCUAGAUAUUUUAGGAAACACUGGCUUAAAGCUCCUCGAGUUACGGGGUAAUAUAAGCGCUCAGAAAGAUUUAAAGAAGUCUGACCAAAAGAGGCAAAGUGAGACCCAUAAGCAUCAUAACAACUUUUUCUAUCGCAGAGGAGUGUCUGAGGCUACUAAGGAGUUACCAUCUUGUUUCUUACCUUAUAAAAAGCCUCAGAACCAGUCUACAGCUGCUAAUACCAAGAGGUUGAUUGAAAUUAAAGCUGCUCUUAAGGAAAAAGCUAAAAUUAAGAAGGAAGGUCCUAGAGAUGAACUCGAAGCAAUGAUUGAGUCUACGAUGAAGGAACAUAAUCGACUAAUGAAGAUUAGUAAAAACAUCAAAAUCCACCACCAGCCCCUCAGUCGACGCCGGAACAAUCUUGAAACCUCUUCAAAUGCCCAUCCCUCCUACACCGAUCAGGACCAAGAACACCCACACAAGAACCAGAUCAUGGCAGCCAAGCUCAUUGGCGAGACCGAAGAGCUAGAGACAGCGUACAAAGAAUACGUUCAGAAAAUAAAGAAGGAGAAGAAAGACCAGGACCUGUACAAACCUGAGCCUGAUGAAGGCGGUAAUCACCAUGAAGGAGCCAUACCUAGGAACAGAAGAAAAUUAGAGAAAGCAGAAGAAGCCAGCAAUGAGACUGAAAGUGACAAGAAAGCAGCCAAACAAAAGCCGAUAGUUACAGUUCAGUACCCAAAAUCGAUUUAUAAGUACCUUUCUGGCAAUAGUUUGAAGGAUCUCAAUCUGAACAAGUUCAGGAAGAGUGAUAUUUAGAUAUAAGUUUGCAAUGAGGAUCUG